GAUAAAAAAUAAUGACUUCGGAGUAUUGGUUGACUAAAAACAAAUUUAAUCUAAAUAUUUUUGCACUACAGAACUUAAAAUUUAAUUCAGGUCUUAUAGGCGAUGUUAAUAUAUUGAACUGUGAUAAUAUUAUAAAAACAGGCCAGCUUAAAAUAUUUGACGAGAUGUUGGCUAGUAAAAAUAUUGUGGCAAUGUACAAUCCUAAUUAUAAAAGUUUGAAUAAACUUCAGCGACAAUCUUUAGUUGAAAAAAAUACUCAACUUACUCCUGAGAUGAUAAAUAAGUAUGAAGUCGAAUUUAAUGAGAACAACAAUCAUUUUCAACACCUAGUGAGGACACACUUGACUGAUUCACUUGAAUUGAUAAAACCUGUUAAUUUUAUUCGAAAUUCUGAAUCUAAAAUGACGAAACCGACUAAAGCGAUCAUAUCAUUUGAACGAAGUAUGAAUGAUAGUAUUGUAUUAAGGAAUACUUUAAAUUCAUUUAUGAUAUUUGAAUGGUUAAUAAUACCAUUUAUUAAAGUAUUUUUCUUCAGUGAUUGGAUACAAAAUAUUUUUAAAAAGGCAUGUAAGAAAGUUUAUUAUUCAUUAUUCAAUUCAGAGAUACAAAUUUAUCCAAAAACUGAAGUAAGAUUACCACAUAAACAAAUAACUGAGAUUAAUAGAAUGUUAUCAUUACUGAUUGAAAAAUUUGACCGCAUGAAUCAAGAAAUAUUUGAGAUUCGCGCUGCAAGUGAAACUACAUUUUCUUCGUUAGUAAGUGAAGUACAAAGCCUGAAAAUUUCCAAUAAAAAAAUAUCUGAUGACAAUGAUACAUUAGUAAAAGAACUGAAAAAGUUAUCUCAAAUGUUGGAAGUAGUUCAGUUUAAUUCGAAAACUGCUGAAAAACAAGCUUCUGGAGGCAUACCACCACCGCCACCGCCUCCACCUCUCCCAUCGCCGUUAUCCUCGCAGAAAACUCCUAAAAAUAAUAAAAUGCUUACUCCAAGAAAAUCCUCUAUACCACAGAUAGAGAAAAGACCUGUUAUUACGAUGGAUGAUCUUCUUAAAGUGACAUUACGAAAAGCACCUAAGAUUGACAAGGAAAAACCAAAGGCUUCAGCUUCAGAUCCUCGGCCUGUAAUAUCUUUAGAAAUGCUUAAAAAUGUCAAGCUUAAAUCAAUCAAACAACGAAGUCAAAAUUAUAAAGUAAGAUCUCCAAUCGGUCUUAAAAAUCGCAACAGGUUUCAAAAUGUAAAUCUCUCGCCAAUUAUGGCCGGAGCUGUUAGUCCUUUGAGUAGAAUUUUGAGUCGUGGAGAAGGCGUUAGACGAAGACCGAGAAAAAUACUUGUGAGUCCUCGAGAAGAUGAAGAAACUCAUUAAACAUGUUUCUAAUUAAACUUGACAAAACUUGUUCAAAGACGCAGGUUGAUUUUUUUUGAGUAAUUUAAUUUGAGCAAUUUAACAUUCAAAAUGUGUUUUUUAUUGAGACUGAAAGACUUCACUUAUUCUAAGAUAAAAUCAAAGAA